AUGGCCGAUACCGCAGUUGCAGCCGACGCUCCCGCCCCGGCGACGCCCGCGAAGAAGCCUAAGGCGUCCGCCUCCGCAGGCGCUAAGAAGCCUAAGGCGAAGCCCACCCACCCUAAGACGUCCGAGAUGGUUAACAGCGCCAUCAAGGAGCUGAAGGAGAGGAGCGGUUCGUCCCUGCAGGCUAUCAAGAAAUACAUCGCCGCCCAGUACAAGGUCGACGCCGAGAAACUGGCACCUUUCAUCAGAAAAUAUUUGAAGAGCGCAGUCGAAUCCGGCGCACUCAUACAGACCAAAGGCAAGGGCGCGUCCGGUUCGUUCAAACUGGAGUCGAAGACAUCAUCCGCCGGCAAGAAGCCCGCCGCGGCCAAGAAAUCUAGCGCUAAAUCAUCAGCCGCCGCUAAGAAGCCCGCCGCAGCAAAGCCCGCUAAGGCUAAGAAGGCCGCCGCAUCCCCGGCCAAGCCUAAGGCCGCCACGAAGGACAAGAAGGCCGCCGCCGCCAAAAAGAAGCCCGCAGCGAAGAAACCUUCCACCCCCGCCAAGGGCAAGAGCGCCGCCGCGCCUAAGGCCAAGAAGACCGCGAAGCCGCCGACCAAGAAGCCUAAAGCUCCCAAGCCGAAGAAGGCUGCGGCCGCUCCCAAAGCGAAGCCCGCCGCUAAGAAGGCUGCCUCGAAGAAGUAAGAAGACUGCGCCAUAUUGUCGUCGUCGUCCUUACAUCGGUCGCGGUAGUAGUCGUGAUGGUAGAGGAGAUGUCGAUUGUCGUUGCUAUAAAUAUUAUACGACGACGACGUGUCGCCUCUUCUCGACUCACGUCAUACGCCUGUGCGCGUUAUACGCACAUCAAAAAGCCCUUUUCAGGGCUAACAAAUGUAUUCAAAGGUUCAUAUCGCCUCUGUUUCAUUGCAAUGAGCACAUACAAGAGUCGA